AUUCCACCAGCCACUGGAAUCUUGGCAUCUUUUUGGAGGGAUCAACUUUGGAAUAUUAUUAGAAUUAGUAUAUGACCUCUGUGAGGAUCCCAAUAUCCCAAUUGCUGCCCCUUCUUGUUUGGCCCCAUAGACAGAGUUCUCUAAUUGUCCACACACAGAUGACAGAACCUGAACCUUGAUCUUUACUCUCUCUCUCUCUCUCUCUCUGUCUUCUGUUGCUUGUAUAUACUGUCCCAUAAUCCAUUCAUAUACUGUCCCAACACCAACAGCACCAACAUCUUUUGUUUCUGCUGCAUAUAUAUUGUCUUGUUGGUUGUAAAGCCUUCUCGAGAAGCACGUAUGUACGUCGAAGAAUUGCAAGCAUGGGUGAGAGAAUGAGCUCCGAGGAGGAACCAAUGGCUUCUUCUCCUACCUCUUUCCGUGCCACCAACAAAAAGAAAGAGAAGAAGAAGUGCGAGCUGAUCGGCUACGAGGCCUUGCCGGAGUGGCUCAAGGACAACGAGUUCAUCCAUGGCUACUACCGCUGCGAGUGGCCCAUGAAGGAGACCAUCCUCAGCGUCUUCUCCGUCCACAACGAGACCCUCAACGUCUGGUCGCAUUUGAUGGGAUUCCUGCUGUUCCUGUGCCUGACGGUCCUCACGGCAGCGGUGAUCCCAAGGGACGGCAGCGGCAGCAGCGACAGGUUUGAUGAUGCUUCAUCAGUGAGGAGCUACUGGGGAGAUCUGAUGGCGGUGGCCAACGUGACAGGGGCCUUGAGGCAUGAAGCAGCCUGCAGCCUCCUGCUCACUCCAGCUGCUGCAGAGUUGUGUGGAGACGAGGAGAAGAUCCCAACCAGCUGCCCGACCAACGCAUCCUCCUCACUCCCUCACAGUCAAGCCAUGAUCCAGGAGGCCAGCGGCGGCCCACAACGAGCUGCCGCCGCCGACGUCGUCUUCAUCACCGCCGACCCAAACCCAAUCACGCGGUGGCCGCUGUUCGCGUACCUGGGCGGCGCCAUGGCGUGCCUGCUAACCAGCAGCGUCUGCCACCUCUUCCUGUGCCACUCGGAGCGGGCGGCGUACCUGACGCUCCGCCUCGACUACGCCGGCAUCGCGGCGCUCAUCGUCACCUCCUUCUACCCGGUCGUCUACUACUCCUUCCUCUGCCACCCGGCGCUCCGCACGCUCUACAUCAUCUCCAUCACCUUGCUCGGCGCCGCCGCCGCCGCCGCGUCGCUGGCGCCGGCGUUCCAGGCGCCGGCGCUCCGCCCGCUCCGCGCCGCGCUCUUCGCCUCCAUGGGCGCGUCCGGGCUCGUCCCCGUCGCGCACAAGCUCGUGCUCUAUGGGCGGAGGAGGGAGGAGGCCGUGGUGACGGCGGGGUAUGAGGCGCUCAUGGGCGCGCUCUACGGGCUCGGCGCCGUUGUGUAUGCCGCCCGGGUGCCCGAGCGGUGGUUCCCUGGGAGGUUUGAUCUCGUUGGGCAUAGUCAUCAGCUGUUCCAUCUCUUUGUUGUGGCUGGUGCCUACGCGCAUUACCGGGGUGGAGUUGAGUAUCUCCGGUGGAGGGACGCCGACAAGUGCUAGCAAAGGGCUGCCUGCCAAGCCGGUGAAGUCACAUCUCAUGCAACGAUUCUGGAGAUGCUUUCCAAGCUGGUGAAGUCACACAUAACAAGAGGAACUGGGGAACUGUAUUGAUUAGGUGAUUGGGGGUUUAAUCUUGAGAUCAAGGUAGAACUACCGGCAGCGGGAAUGUCAAGACAGUCAUGUUCAGGAAGAUCAGAUUCAAGUAAUGUAUGUACUGAUGUACGUGUAUAGUAGUUUGGAGUACAAAUUUGAAAAAACUUGUAAUUAUUCUUGCAGGGACCGGCACUUUCGUACUCCUGUUGCGCUUGGAA